GCCUAGAACAGAAACCAGUGCUCUGUGCACAGCAGGGGAAUGUGAGAGAAUGUAGAAUGGCUCCGUGUAGUAUCGUUAGCAUUUUAUACUAUUUGAUGCUUUGUAGCUGCUAAAGAAACAUUGCUUUUUAAGCCAUUGAUCUCAUACUGCAAGUGGUGCCUAUAGGAGUAGUAGUGAAUGACACAGCUUUGCUGGAUGUCAUGAAGCUGAUCUCUGCAUCAGCCAAGAGGAAUUAAGCUUUGUCACUCCCCACUGGGACUACCUUUCUUCUGGUAUGUGAGCAAGGAAUUCAUAUGCUUCUGCUGCAUCCACCAGAGCAGAGCCUAGAGUAUACUUUACUACUGAAGACAGUAAGCAAGAAUGAUAGCUGUCUCUUUUAAAUGCCGCUGUCAAAUUCUGAGGAGACUUGCUAAAGAUGAGAGUCCCUAUACUAAAUCUGCAAACCAGACAAAGCCACCUGAAGGAGCAUUGUCUGUGAGGAGACAGAGCAUCCCAGAGGAAUUCAGGGGCUCGACAAUAGUUGAAUUAAUGAAAAAAGAAGGCACCACCCUGGGGCUUACGGUAUCAGGUGGAAUUGACAAGGAUGGGAAACCAAGAGUAUCUAACCUUCGUCAAGGAGGAAUCGCUGCUAGAAGUGACCAACUGGACGUGGGAGACUACAUCAAAUCUGUGAAUGGAAUCAACCUGACAAAAUUUCGCCACGACGAAAUCAUCAGCCUUCUCAAGAAUGUUGGUGAGAGGGUUGUUCUAGAAGUGGAGUAUGAGCUCCCUCCAGUCUCUGUACAAGGAUCAGGUGUCAUUUUUAGAACGGUGGAAGUUACUUUACAUAAAGAAGGGAACACUUUCGGGUUUGUAAUACGAGGUGGAGCACAUGAUGACAGAAAUAAAUCUCGUCCUGUUGUAAUAACAUGUGUUAGACCUGGAGGGCCUGCUGACAGAGAGGGCACAAUCAAACCUGGUGACAGGUUGCUGAGUGUGGAUGGAAUUCGACUCCUUGGAACAUCACAUGCUGAAGCCAUGAGUAUUCUGAAGCAGUGUGGGCAGGAAGCAACUCUGCUGAUAGAAUAUGACGUCUCGGUAAUGGAUUCAGUAGCAACAGCAUCUGGACCAUUGCUAGUUGAAGUUGCCAAAACUCCUGGUGCUGCUCUUGGGGUUGCACUAACUACCUCGAUGUGCUGUAACAAACAGGUCAUUGUCAUAGACAAAAUCAAAUCUGCAAGUAUAGCAGACAGAUGUGGUGCACUACAUGCAGGAGACCAUAUUCUGUCCAUUGAUGGUACCAGCAUGGAGUAUUGUACGUUGGCAGAAGCAACACAGUUCUUGGCUAAUACAGCAGACAAUGUGAAACUUGAGAUCCUUCCUCACCAUCAGACUCGAUUAGCAUUGAAGGGACCAGAACAUGUGAAGGUUCAAAGGAGCAACAGGCAACUUACCUGGGAUUCCUGUGCCAACAACCACAGCAGCCUCCUCACCUACCACCAUUAUAACACCUACCACCCUGACCAUUGCAGGAUGCCAGCCUUGAAAUUCCAGAAAACGCCUCCUCAAAAAAACCUUCCAGCUUUGGUGUCUUCAUCCUUCUCCCCUACCUCCAUGAGUGCAUACAGCCUGAGUUCCCUGAACAUGGGGACUUUACCUCGCAGUCUCUACUCCACCAGCCCACGCGGAACAAUGAUGAGGCGACGACUGAAAAAGAAGGACUUCAAAAGCUCAUUGUCUUUAGCUUCUAGCACAGUUGGUUUGGCUGGACAAGUUGUCCACACAGAAACCACUGAAGUAGCGCUGACAGCAGAUCCCAUUGUAGGAUUUGGGAUACAGCUCCAAGGUAGUGUGUUUGCUACUGAGACCUUGUCUUCUCCACCUCUGAUUUCAUAUAUUGAGUGUGACAGCCCAGCAGAAAGGUGUGGAGUUCUACAAAUAGGAGACAGAGUAAUGGCGAUAAAUGGAAUCCCAACAGAAGAUAGCACGUUUGAAGAAGCUAAUCAGCUUCUCAGAGAUUCUUCUAUCACCAGCAAGGUCACUUUAGAAAUAGAGUUUGAUGUUGCAGAAUCAGUUAUACCAAGUAGUGGAACAUUUCAUGUAAAACUACCAAAGAAGCAUAACGUGGAGCUUGGGAUCACCAUAAGUUCACCAUCCAGUAGAAAACCAGGGGACCCCCUUGUUAUUUCUGAUAUCAAGAAAGGAAGUGUUGCUCACAGAACUGGAACACUGGAACUUGGUGAUAAACUGCUUGCCAUAGAUAACAUUCGACUGGAUAACUGCUCGAUGGAAGAUGCCGUUCAGAUCCUUCAACACUGUGAGGACCUUGUAAAACUAAAGAUUCGCAAAGAUGAAGAUAACUCCGAAACCAAUUGCGUCCUCUUGGCAUUUAUUGCAGAUGAACAGGAGAGUUCUGGAGCAAUUAUUUACACGGUAGAGCUCAAGCGUUAUGGUGGUCCACUUGGGAUCACAAUUUCUGGUACAGAAGAGCCCUUUGAUCCAAUAAUCAUCUCAAGUCUUACCAAAGGUGGACUCGCUGAAAGGACAGGUGCAAUUCACAUAGGAGACCGCAUCCUAGCAAUAAAUAGCAGCAGUCUGAAAGGAAAACCUUUGAGUGAAGCCAUACAUUUGUUACAGAUGGCAGGAGAGACUGUCACCUUGAAAAUCAAGAAGCAGACAGAUGCUGCAAGCCCCAAGAAAUUUUCCGUAUCUGGUCACUUAAGUGAACUGAGUGAUGCUGAAGAUGAAAGCUCUUCUACACAGAAACCAGGCAAACUUUCAGACAUUUAUUCUACUACCGUUCCAAGUGUGGACAGCGCAGUAGAAUCCUGGGAUGGAUCUGGUAUUGAUACCAACUUUGGAAACCAAGGUCCCAGCUAUCAGGCUUCAGGAUACAGCUUCAAUGCAUAUGAAUGGAGGAGUCCUAAGCAAAGAAGCAAUUUGUCCCCUCCCAGUAGGCCACGAAACCAUCCUUUUCAUGACACAGGGCUGAGUGAUGAUGAAUGGGACAGACCAAUAGCAAGUGGCUUUUCAGGUGCUCCAGACAACACGGAGACUGACCAGGAGGAAAACUUCUGGUCUCAGGCACUGGAGGAUUUAGAGACCUGUGGCCAGUCAGGAAUUCUGAGGGAACUAGAGGCAACAAUUAUGUCAGGAAGUACAAUGAGCUUGAAUAAUGAAAAUCCACAGCCUCGCAGUCAGUUGGGUCGACAAGCCAGUUUCCAGGAAAGAAGCAAUGUGAGGCCACAUUACAGCCAAGCUACCCGCAGUAACACACUGCCAUCAGAUGUGGGGAGAAAGUCUGUGGUUUUGAGAAAAAUUAAACAAGAAAUGAAAGAAAUAAUGUCACCAACGCCUGUUGAAUUACACAAGGUAACUUUGUACAAGGAGUCAGAUGUAGAGGAUUUUGGAUUCAGUGUCUCAGAUGGUUUAUUGGAAAAAGGUGUAUAUGUUAAAAACAUUCGGCCAACUGGCCCUGGGGAUCUAGGUGGUUUGAAGCCAUAUGACAGACUUUUACAGGUAAAUCAUGUUCGUACCAGAGAUUUUGACUGUUGUCUAGUUGUGCCUCUCAUAGCAGAAUCUGGCAAUAAACUGGAACUGGUUAUUAGCAGAAACCCACUAGCUUCUCAGAAGGUGACAUCAGAUCAACAGACUUUAACAGGUGGGGAAUGGAAUGACCAAAGUAACGCCUUCCUUCAACACACUGGACAUACAACUAGUGUGACAACACGAGACCCUACAAACACAAUAUAGCAACAAGUUAUUUUAGUGGGACACUUAGACAAUAUAUGGUGCUAAAAUCCCUUUUAAGAUUUGUGUGAUACUUGUGGCACAGAUGUCAUGUGGCAUUAUAAAGCACAGAGGGUUUGACUAUCCCUCUCAAGGCUCUGUUACUUCAUGAUUACUUUAAAAACAGUUUGGUUUUGUGGUGGCCAUUGAAUAGUGCCAUUCCAAACUAAGCCUAAUGUCAUAGAAUUCACAAUAAUACUGAGUAAAGAAAAUGGCUAAUGGCCUUAUUUUUUCCCCCCUGAAGAAAUAGCUGAGGGGUCCUUUAAAAGAGACUGAAUUGCUCCUUACUGUCUUAACAGCAUCAUUGGAAUAUCUUUUUCCACAGGUGUCUGGAUUUGGGAGUUUUUAAUACAUUUUUAAGCUAGCUGGUUUCUGAGGGAGGGAAUCAUGAGAUUGGGGUAUGCUGCCUCCAGAAGAUUUUACAUUGACUGUUGUAGUGUUUUGUGAACCGUUGUGAUGCAGUUGGAGGGGCACAGCCAUCACACUAAGUGCUGUUCAAGUGUUUUAGCAAAGAUGCAAGUAGGAAGCGGCAGUGCAUGGUGGUAAAAUUUACUGCCCAACUGUACUACAGUUUUAUUAGAAAUUACGUUGUUCCCUAUGCAAUGGAAGCACUAGAUGGAUGUGUCUUGAAACUGUAAGAUUCAUUUUAAGCAGAGAUGUUUUAGGUAGUGGAAAACUUCUAAUGGAUUACUAAAUAAAACUGAAAUGAGUUAUUUAAAAAUCAAAUUAAAAAGACUUUUUUUAAAUCAUUCAAGUGGAAGUUUUUAUAGUAUAUCAACUACUAGCAGCAACAGAAUACAUUGUAAUGUAAAAUCUAUUCAAAUUAAAAUGAUUCAUACAAGGACAUACAACUCUAAACUUUUAUUUACUAACAACAGUUUCUUGAGGAUUGUUAAAGAUUUAUGAAGUCCAUUUAAAAAGGCUUUGUUUUCAGCUCUCAUAUUUAUCCUUACAGGUUUUUAGACAUUUGAAUUGUAAAUACAUUUUACAGAUAUAUUGCAAAAAUUCUUUCCUUCCCCUUCCCCUUCCCCCACUUGAAGCAAUAAAAUACUGCCAGUUGCUUUUAAUGCUCACCAGCAGCUGCUUUGAUUUGUUCCAGUAUUCAAGUUGUCCUUGGUAAUUAUUGUUAUUUGGUGAAUAUAAAGAUAUUGAAUUUGUAUAUUAAUUGUAGAGUCUUCAUAUCUGAUCAAUUAACUUUACAACCAGAUUUGUUUUGGGUCAAUAUAAAUUGUUUAAGAAAACUUUCUCCCAUGCUGUUUUCCUUUAUAUGAACAAACUCACCUGCCCUGCACACAGAAGCGUAAUGUUUCCUUCAUGUUUCAGCACUGCCAGAGAAGAUCAGUCAAUAUGAAAUUUAACUCAAAGUAAUGUAAAAACAAAAAGUUCAUGAUUCACGUAAAUAUGUAUUUUUAUUUGUAAGAAAUAAGUAUUAAACUGUAAAGUAUUUUUGUACAAAUUUAAUACUUUAAUAGCAUGAUAUUUAUCGUCUAUGUAUGGAUUUUGGGAACUCAAACUUGCAAAUAUUUGUAUGGAAAAAACUGUAUAAAAUGGAAUAAACAGUGAUUUAAAGACAAUAUUCUUAAUGAGAUGGUAUUUACAUAUAUUGGACAGCAGAAAAAGCAGUUAAAUAGCAUAUUUACAAACUAUUACAGAUAUUUCACCAUCUUUUUUAUAUAAAAAUUAAUAUCAAGUAUUUCUACCACAAGUGUAGCUAGGACAAGAAAUGCAAGUCUCUUUAGUUAAAUACUGGGAUUUUAAAUCAUCUAUACUGAAAUAUGCAAAGUAUUAUUCCAGAACCUAGGAGUUUCAGCCAUCAUUGUGCUAGGCAAAUAUAAGCCAUCCAAAUUUCAUUAUGUAUUAGUCAGUCAAAUGUUUAAAUAAUUGUCGUAUUUUUCCUAUUUGGGUAUCUCCGAGUGCAUCAAGUCAAGUAAUUAUCCAGGAAUUCACAACUGGCACUUGCCCACACUUUAAAAGCCCUAUAUUUUUUCUCUCCCAUGUGCCGAACUCCCAUCAAAUGUUUUGUUCACAGUGCCUUACAAAAUUUGGACACAUUUUGAAUGUUAAAUAAAUUGUCACAUUAACUGCAGUAAAGAGCAGGUUCAUGAAGUUGAAACUUUCUUUCUGCACACAUAGAAUGCAAAGGGAAAAUCAUUUUCUUUGAAAGUAGUGGGGCUAUGUCUACACUACACAGUAAACUCUGGAAAAACUCUGCCGCGUCCA